GGGGUGCGAUGGGGCGGGGCCCGGGUGACGCGCUUCCGGCGGCGGGUCACGUGGCGGAAGCGGCGGGGCGCCUAAGAUGGCGGCGGCGUGAGUUGCAUGUUGUGGCGCCGCCGCAGCCGCCGCCAUGGCCGUGACCGUCACGCUGAAGACGCUGCAGCAGCAGACGUUCAAGAUCCGCAUGGAGCCGCACGAGACGGUUCGGGCGCUCAAGGAGAAGAUCGAGGCGGCGCGGGGCCGCGACGCGUUCCCGGUGGCCGGGCAGAAGCUGAUCUACGCCGGGAAGAUCCUGAGCGACGACGUCCCGAUCCGCGAGUACCGCAUCGACGAGAGGAACUUCGUGGUCGUCAUGGUCACCAAGGCCAAGGCCCCCCCGGGCGCCGCCCCUGAGGCCGCCGCCCCCGCCGAGCCCCCCCCGGCCCCGGGGCCCCCCCCGGCCGCCGACACCGUCCCCCCCCCGCCGGCCGCCCCCAGCGAGGAGCCCCCGGCCCCCGACGCCCCCGCAGCCCCCGCGGAGCCCCCGCCCGGCUCCGUGCCCCCCCCGGGCAGCGCCGGGCGCUCGGCGGACGCCGCGUCCACCCUCGUGACGGGCUCCGAGUACGAGACCAUGCUGAGCGAGAUCACGUCCUUGGGCUACGAGCGCGAGCGCGUGGUGGCCGCGCUGAGGGCGAGUUUCAACAACCCCCACCGCGCCGUGGAGUACCUGCUGACGGGCAUCCCCGGCAGCCCCGAGCCCGAGCGCCCCCCCGUGCAGGAGAGUCGCCCCCCAGAGCAGCCGGUGCCUGAAGGGGAGAACCCGCUGGAGUUCCUGCGCGAGCAGCCGCAGUUCCAGAACAUGCGGCAGGUGAUCCAGCAGAACCCGGCGCUGCUGCCCGCGCUGCUGCAGCAGCUGGGCCAGGAGAACCCGCAGCUGCUGCAGCAAAUCAGCCAGCACCAGGAGCAGUUCAUCCAGAUGCUGAACGAGCCGCUGGGCGAGCUGGGCGAGCUGGAGGGGGAGGUGGGCGCCAUCGGGGACGUCCCCCAGAUGAACUACAUCCAGGUGACGCCGCAGGAAAAAGAAGCCAUAGAGAGGCUCAAGGCGCUGGGCUUCCCCGAGAGCCUGGUCAUCCAGGCCUAUUUCGCCUGCGAGAAGAACGAGAACCUGGCGGCCAAUUUCCUGCUCAGCCAGAACUUCGACGACGACUGAGGGACCCGGCGGGGGGAGGGGCGGCCCCCCCCGGCCACGCCCCGCGGGAGCAGCAGCCGAUUGGUGGAGCCCCCGGACCCCCCCUCUGCGGGGGGGGUAGGGGGGGGCUCGGCAAAAACCCGCUUCAUCCAUCCCCCCCCGCCCCCCCCGGCCCGCGGGCCCCGGGGGGAGGGGCGGCGCCGCGGGAAGAACCACGAGGGGGGGGCAGAUUAAACGCAGAAUUUUAAACCCAUUUUAGUCUCGGGAUGCGGGGGGGGGGGUGGGACCCCCGGGGGGAGGGGCCGGGGGGUCCCCAGGGGGCUCAGGAACCCUCCCCAGGUUGGGAGGUUCAGGAGCCCCCGCCGGUCCCGGGGGCAGGUUCAGGGGGUCCCGGGGGGGGCCGCUCGGCAGCAGCGGCCUCAGCGGGCGGCCAACGCGCUCCGCGCGCCUCGUCCCGCUCGCGCCGCCGCCGCCGCUUCUCCUCCCGCCGCUCCCGCCGCUCCAGCUCCGCCAGCAGCGCCUGCGCCUGCGCGGGGCCGCGCGGGGGCGCUCCCGGGCGGGGCGGGGCCAGCGCCAGCCCCGCCCCCUCCAGCAGCCGCCGCCGCCG